GGAUCGUGUGCCUUUAUAAAUUCAGAGGAGGAAGAGAUCCGAGAUCGUGCAGCACCCUUCUCUCGCUCUUGUCUCCUCGACGAUCAGCUGCUCCUCUCUCUUCUUCAUCUUCUGAUCUCCCGCUUACAGCGACCUGAGUCGAGAUUCCAUGGGUUUAUCCCUCUCCUUGCUCUCGUGGGCUUGGAUCCGAUGCCUGUGGACAAGAACACUUGGUUCCACGGAAACAAAAGAUGUUCUAGCAAGAUCCAUCAGCUUCGGUGCAAAAGACAUCAAGAUGGCGUUGAGGUCACUCAGUUUCAAACCAAGUGAUGCAUCCAACGAGGCGGUUUCUAGUGUAUCCGAUAGCACCGUCACGGACGAGCCUUUAAGCUUCGAAAGCCGGGAGCCGGAAGUGACCGAGCUGGAAUCCACAUUUGCAUUCGAGAAUGGAGUCACAGAUGAGACGAAAGCGGAACUAGCUUUCCGUUGUAAGAGCUCGAUGAAACUCGCGCUCCCUGAUCCGAAGCUCCCACACCGCCUUCCCCAGUUUUCUUCACCUAGACCUUCGAACGAACUUGAUGCGGCAGCCACCAAGCUGCAGAACGUCUACAAGAGUUACCGAACCAGAAGAAAUCUAGCAGACUGCGCCGUCGUGGUCGAGGAGCUCUGGUGGAAGGCACUAGAUUUUGCUUCUCUGGAGCAUAGCUCUAUGUCAUUCUUCAAAGUUGAAAAACCAGAGACGGCGGUUUCGAGAUGGGCAAGGGCUCGGACCAGAGUAGCCAAGGUUGGCAAGGGUUUGUCCAAAGAUGAAAAGGCCCAGAAGCUAGCACUACAACACUGGCUGGAAGCGAUCGACCCCCGUCAUCGGUACGGCCACAAUUUGCAUUGCUAUUAUGAUGUGUGGUUCGAGAGCGAGAGCACCCAACCAUUCUUUUACUGGUUGGAUGUCGGCGAUGGACGGGAAAUAAAUCUCGAAAAGUACCCAAGAAGCCAUCUUCAGAACCAGCGCAUCCAAUAUCUUGGACCGAAAGAGAGGGAAGCAUAUGAAGUCAUGGUCAAGGAUGGAAAGCUUGUCUACAAAGUGAGCGGAAUGCCUGUUUGUACAACGGAAGGUUCCAAGUGGAUAUUUGUCCUAAGCACAUCGAGAGUAUUGUACGUGGGACAGAAAAAGAAAGGCGCGUUCCAGCAUUCGAGUUUUCUAGCUGGGGGAGCGACAACAGCGGCCGGAAGAUUGGUUGCUGCGCAAGGGGUACUCCAGGCGAUAUGGCCAUACAGUGGUCAUUACCUCCCAACCGAGGAUAAUUUCAAGGAAUUUAUCACCUUCCUUGAGAACAACGAUGUAGACCUCAGCAACGUCAAGAGGUGUUCCGUCGACCAUGAUGACUACCCCUCCUUGGAGAAACGUAACGAUGAGAUAGAAGCUGACGCUAACAAUGCUGAUGCAUUAGCAGUUUCCACUACAGUCGAGGUCACGGAAGCUACGGAACCUUCGGAGGACCCCAGGCCAGACGAAACAAUGGAAAACAGAGUGGACGAGGUGGUGGCGUCGGAGUUUGACAAACGCAUAUCAUGUAGAUGGACUACAGCUGCCGGGGCUCGCAUCGGGUGCGUUCGGGAUUACCCACCUGGUCUCCGAUCCAAGGCACUCGAGCAAGCGAACCUCUCACCGAGAGUUACUCCGUCACCCAGCGGAAACAGAGUCCCUAUCCCGUCUCCACGACCAAGCCCCAGGGUCAGGCUGUCCCCUAGGCUUCAGUACAUGGGCAUUCCGACCCCCACUGUCGCCCUCACGCUACCUAAGCACGUAAGGAGAUGAUGUGAUGACGGCUCCACCAACCACGAAAUAGAAACCGGCCGUGAUCUCCCGGCCGAAACUGACUUGUGGCACACGAAGCUCCGCUGAGCUCUAGAAGUUUUACAGAAGCCAGACACAAUUCUUUUUUUCUUUUACCCUUGAUUUUGUCUUUUGACUUUGGCUAAGGAUUUGAUCGAUCGACGAACCAACUUUUCGCGGUGAUUUCGUUUUCUUUUUUUUUUCUUCCAAUUUAUUCGUUGGAAAUAUGUUCGAUUGUGCACAACAUUUACUUCUUUUUCUUCGAUUGGGAUACUGUGCGUAGUCAGUCGGAUUAUUAUUAUUUUUUCCCAAAAGGAAUGUAAUUUACACAAUUUUAUUUUA